AUGAAUUUCGAAAAUGUGAUUUGCACAAUUUGCGGUGAUAAAGCGACUGGAAAACAUUAUGGAGCAAUGAGCUGCGAUGGAUGUAAAGGUAUUUUUUUUUGAGAAUAGAGGAAACGGAUAAAAGCCUAAGUAUAUCAAAUUUCAGGAUUUUUUCGGCGAACAAUACGAAAAAGGCAUUCUUAUGUUUGUCGUUUUGGAGGCGACUGUAAAGUGGAUAAAGGUAUGAACUAUGAAGAAUGGGAAAAAUUCAGAAAUAAUAUGAUGAUUGGGGAUUUUUUUCAAUGAAGGUGGGCGCUGCUUAUUUUUCUCUGCACUCUCUCAAAAUAAUACAUAGGCGCUGCUUAUUUUUUUUAAAAGUGGGCGGAGCUUAGCAGCGCCUAUGCAUUAUUUUGAGAGAGUGCAGAGAAAAAUAAGCAGCGCCCACUUUCAUUGAAGAAAACGUAGGCGCUGCUUAUAUUUCUCUGCGCUCUCUCAGAAUAAUGCAUAGGCGCUGCUUAUUUCGAAAAAUGAAGGAAAAUAAGCAGCGCUUUUGAGAGACGCAGAAAAAAUGAGAUUUUUGCACAAAUUUGGAGGUAGAUCAAAAAAUUGAAACUAUAAUAAAAAGGAAAUUUUGUGAGAUCUCAAAAAACGCCGUUUUCCCUGGUGAAUUUCGAAAUUUGUGUAUAAAAAUGAAAUAAAAUGAUAUUUGUCCACUCGAUGCGAUGAUUUUUGUUUGUUAUUCUAGUACUACAUCAUCUUUUUUCCCCCCGAAUAAUCCUCUUAUACGAAAAUGUUUCCUUUUUCCGUUUUGCAUUCUCAUACAAUUUUUCAGCCAAACGAAACGCAUGUCGAAAAUGUCGUUUCGAAGUUUGUCUGCGGAAAGGAAUGCGACGCGACGCGGUACAAACUGAACGAGAUCGAAUUCGACCGGCGAAUUUGAAGAGCGGCGGAAAUUCGAAUGGAAGUGGAUCUUCGAGAGAAACAUCUACAGUUGACGAUCCACUUUUGGAUCAAUUAUUGAAAGUUGAAGCGACGAUGAGACAAUUGAGAUGUACAGUUAUUACGAAAACAUCGGAUGCAAGGAGACAAGCAACUACUUGUGAUGUUACUGACAGGUAGGAAUAUUGAUUAUUGGGUAAAGAAACACAGCUGAAAUAGUGCUACAGUAUGAAUCUUUUAAACUUUUAUUGAAGAAAACUUGGGCGCUGCCUAUUUUUCUCUGCACUCUCUCAAAAUAAUGCAUAGGCGCUGCUUAUUUUCGAAAAAAGUGGGCGGAGCUUGUUAAGCAGCGCUUAUGUAUUAUCUUGAGAGAGCGCAGAGAAAAAUAAGCAGCGCCCACUUUUAUUGAAGAAAACGUAGGCGCUGCCUAUUUUUCUCUGCGCUCUCUCAAAAUAAUGCAUAGGCGCUGCUAAGCUCCGCCCACUUGUUGAAAAUAAGCAGCGCCUAUGCAUUGUUCUGAGAGACGCAGAGAAAAAUAAGCAGCGCCCACUUUUAUUGAAGAAAACAUAGGCGCUGCUCAUUUUUCUCUGCGCUCUCUCAAGAUAAUGCAUAGGCGCUGCUUAUUUUUUGCAAUUAAGCAGCGCCCACGCUGAAAUGACGUCAUUACAGUACUCUUUAAUGACCCGAAAACUAUGAAACAUUCAAAAAAUCCCAAAAUUAAUUACAGUAUGAAUCAACAGCUAAUUUUAAUGGUGGAAUGGGCAAAAAACUUGGAUCAAUUCCAACGACUCGACAUGAACACCCAAAUCUCACUUCUCCGCCAUUUCUCCGCUCAACAUUUAGUUAUGUGUGCCGCAUUUCGAAGUAUUCAUUUAUCCGACGCAGUUUGGUUAACUAAUGAAACAUGUCUGCAUAAAGACAGUCCAAAAGUACCAGAUGUGAAUCGAGUUGCGGCAAGAAUUGUUGAUCAUUUAACAACGCCAAUGAGACAGUUGAAUAUGAAUGAAAUUGAAUACGUGGCUUUGAAAGCUAUCGCGUUUUUUGAUCCACGUAAGUUUUUUUUGAGGUUACAUUUUUUUAAUCAUUCGUCGUUUUUUGUGCUCAAAAAUAUUUUGGUUAGAAUAAACAUUGGAGCGCCCAUGCAUUAUUUUGAGAGAGCGCAGAGAAAAAUAAGCAGCGCCCACUUUUAUUAAAGAAAACGUAGGCGCUGCUUAUUUUUCUCUGCGCUCGCUUCAGAUAAUGCAUAGGCGCUGCUAAGCUCCGCCCACUUUUUCGAAAAUAAGCAGCGCCUAUGCAUUAUUUUGAGAGAGCGCAGAGAAAAAUAAGCAGCGCCCAAAUUUCUUCAAUAAAAAGUGGGCGCUGCUUAUUUUUCUCUGCGCUCUCUUCAGAUAAUGCAUAGGCGCUGCUUAUUUUAUUGUAUUUAGAAAAUCAAAGCGCGCUCAAUCGCACAAAGCAAUUUUCUCUCAAAAAUUCAAAUUACAAUAACACAAAUAGUUAAUUUUUACAGUAGCAAAAGGCGUUGAUGCAAAUUCAUACAACGAAGUGGAAGAAACCCGUCAAAAAGUUCUCGAAUCAUUCGAACAACAUGUUCGAACAGUCUCAGCCUACAAAGAAAUGCCACGUCGAUUCGCAAAUUUAUUGCUACUUCUUCCACCAAUGUUAGCAAUUGCACGUGAUUUGAUUGAAGAUGUUCAACUUUGUAAAUUAUUCGGGCUAGCUUCAAUCGAUCGAUUAAUGCAAGAAUUAAUGUUGCCACCUGAUAGCUCAUCAGAUCCCCAGCCACAAAAUGUUGUUUAA